AUGCAGAAUGCGGCAUGCAUUCCUCCCAACGACUACCAGGACCAACAACACCCCCUGGCCAAACGAUUCACCCCGCCUAUGAUCACCCGCGGGAUCGGCUCUGGCAGCCGACAAAGACCCUGGACUCUCACCCAGUGCCUUGGGACCCUCAUUUCUCCGAUCCCACGACCUAUCCUCACCCCGCCUCACUACUUGCCGGGGAGCACAGCCAACCCUACAUAA